AUGUCCUCCGUGAAAGAUGUAUUCCAGCAGCUGGUAAGCCAGGUUGACUCGCAGAUCGACUCAAGUCCACUGAGACAAGACUCCAAGGAGUUCCAGGAGCGCCUGACAGAGAUUAUUGGUGCAUUUUUGGAGCUGAAAUCCACUGUGUUUUCAAAACUUGCACUCUUUAGCGACAAUGAGACGCUGGAAGACCUAAGCACCGCAUCUAUGCCAUUAUUAGCUAUCGAUUUCUACCUAGGCAAGCUUGUUUCCAGAAAGCAAGCGGCUCAGUUGCAGGAUACCAGAGACCGCAAUGUCUUAAAGCUCAAAUUCCUGCGAAAGGCGGUCCAGUUGUAUAUGCAAUUCCUGAUGUCCUUGCGGAAUUACGAGCUUCUUGAUAAAGCCACAGAGCUCAAGCUGGACCAUCUUGAGGACGCUGAUGAACCAAAGUUAGAAAGCCUUUACGUGCAGCCUAGCAGCGACAAGGAUUUGUCGGGCGCACAGCUAAAGAGGCAGCAAAAAAUUGAAGCCUACCAGCAGUCAAAGCAACUAGAAGCACAAAUCAAGGCAUUGGAGCUUAAAAGUAGCUCCGACUCUAAUAACGACGAGGAUUUGCGUGAUCUGCAAAAGUAUCAACUUAUACAAACCGCAUACAAAGCCCUCAACGAAAUAGAGCAAAACCUCUACGAAAUAGAACUACUGUCAAACUUCAUAACUAGUCCGCCUCCCUCAAAAUGUAUUAAGGGUGUUACUCAGGAAGAUAGCGACAGCUCUCGUACAGCGUACACGGACAGGGUAGAGAGCCUGAAUCAGCCCCUGGUCUCGAAGACAGGAAAAGUUCUGCGCAACUUCACUCUCGUGAACAAAAAGAGCCAAAUCAAAGAUAAGGUGUUUGGUUACGGCCAGUACGCCCCUACUAUGUCUGUUGAAGAGUUUCUCGAAAAAGAGUUGCAAAGUGGCCGCGUUUUACAAGGCGGAGAACAAGACGAGCCUCAACCAAAUGAGGAUGACGAGGAGUGGCAAGACCGCGAAACCUACAAAGCUAGGGAGUGGGACGCAUUUAAGGAGGCGAACCCCAAAGGGAGCGGAAACACUUUGAAUCGUGGCUGA